UAACAAAAAUUCGUUUUCUUCGGUUUUUCUCGUCGUUUUCAAGUUUCAGUUUCAACUUUCAUCACGUCACGUCCUCUCUCCCCCGUCAGGCGUAAACUGUGUCGGUACUCGCUAGCGGGAGAAACGCUGCUACAACGAUUCUCGAUAAUCCACAUCGUCUUCUCUUUCUUGUAUCCCCUCCCUGGGUAUUUAUUUCUGUCUCUCUCUCUCUCUUAGGGCUUUUCAUUCGACGGUUGCUUCAUUUCAGUGCUUCAGAUCUACUCAUGAUUCUCGGACGAGGUUAAUUUUCAUUAGCUUCCUUCGAAUGGAGAAUUGUUACGAUUUCAUUUCGUGGCUUGGACGGGAUGUCUCAAGUACGAUUCUCAAGUUUUUGGAAGAUCCAGCUGAUCUUGUCCGUGUUAGCGCUGUUUCACGGUCCUGGCGUCAAUUUGUGAUUGAAUAUGGUUUCUGUAAGAAGCUGUGUGCAAGACUAUUUCCAGCAGUAUCACGAAUUAUACGUGUUGUUGAAGGAAAUGGCAUCAUGGAUCAUAUAGAAAUUGGAUCUAACAAUUCUAAGGAGUGGGAAAAUCUGGAGAGAGACCAUAGAGUUUAUGGCCUUCUAGCUCGAGGUCUCAUGUCUUUCAUUAGAAGGGAUUGCAUUUCAGAAGCUAUUAGUGCAUCCAGUACUGAUAAUUAUCCAGAAGAAAGCAUUCAGAACACUUUGGAACCAAAUGACAGGGUGGACCAGAGGGCAUCAUAUUGGUCAAGUAAAGGAGAAAGUAAUCCAGCGGUGUCUGAGACGUUAACUUAUAAAUUGAUUUCCAAGCUAUGUGUUAUUACGGAAGUCAGUGUACAGCCAUUCCAAGCGUUUUUUCAGUUUGGCUUUCCUAUAUAUUCAGCUACAGCUGUGCGAUUUCGAAUGGGUCAUCUCAACCCACCAGAAGCAGAGAAUGUUCACAUGGAUAGACUUCGGGAAGAUCAGAAACCUUCUGGUGACCAAUUUGUAUGGACAUAUGUUUCACCAGAAUUUCCAAUGGCUCAGGAAAACCGCUUGCAAAAGUUCAAGCUACCAGAGCCUGUCCUCUGUAUUGGAGGAAUUCUGCAGAUUGAGCUAAUGGGCAGGGUUCAAAGACAAGAAAUGGAUGGAUUAUUCUACAUAUGUGUCGCCCAUGUUCAAGUUGUUGGCCGCCCACUGUCUCCUGCAUUUGAUGUUGAUAUCCUUGACCUCUCUGGAAAAUGCAUCUUGAAGUAUUACCCUGAGGCAAAAUAUUGCAUGUCUCCAGCAAGAUCCUCUGAAUGUGAACCCAGUACUCCUGCUCACCUGAGAACAGUCAGAGCAAGAUUGAUGCAGAGAGGUAUGAGGGGUUGGGAGCAAAUGAUUUUGAACACGUUGCUUGGGAAUGUAGCAGUCUUUGCUGAUGAUGAUUCAGAUGAAGAAGUGAUUGAUUAAUCCAGAUAUCUAUAAAUGUCUUGUUACUAUGGUUGAUUAAUGCAGAUAAAUAUAUAAAAUGUCAUGUUAUUUUGCUGUUGCCUUGGAGGAACUUGAGCCACGGAAAUUUAUUAUUCAGCUUCUGUUUAGUGGAGAGAGAGAGAGAGAGAGAGAGAGAGUAGUUAGAUGUAGUGUUAUACAAUCUUUUUUUCAAGAAUUCAAGUUGUGGUUAUGCAGCAUUAGUUGCUGAGGCUCUCA